AUGCAGGCCAAAACUGAAGGCCGGCAGCUCCUCCCGGCGCCGCCAGCCCUCCGCAGGCCUCCGACCAGAGCAGCCAGUGUUUUCCAGCAGUGCGCCAUGCCCUCCAGAUUUAACCCGCUCUCCGCGCUGAUGCUGGCGGCUCUGCUCCUGAGGGGGGAGGCGACCUCUGACCUGCUGAGCACCUGGAAAGCUCUGGCCGGCAUCGCCAAGCAGCACAAGAAACAGUUCGAAGACGAGUUCCACAAGAGCGUGACCAUCCUUGAAAGCUACAAGACCUCUUCUUUCCCCAUCAAGUGCCCAGAGUUCAAUUUCAGCAGGGAGGCCUGCUACCACAGGUUAGCCAAAGGCCUGCAGGUCUACACGGUUCUCCUCCGGCAUGUGGAGCGGGAGUACCCCCAACAACCUGAUCCUGUCCGCCGCCAGGCUGAGGAGCAGCUGCUGCGGGAGUUCGACACGCCGGACCGCUACCACCGGAAGAUGACGGCGCACAGCAUUCUGCACCACCUCAAGGUCUUCCUGGCCGACGGCACCAGGGCCAUCUUCAAGAGGGAGCGGGCCUGGGCCGGCAGGAAGGCCGUCACUUUCCACGCCGCCAACAGCUGA